CGGCACAGGCAGCCAGACCUGCCCGGGACACUCUGUCCUCUUCGCCGUCUCCCCGCAGCCAGGCGGUCGCGCGGUCCAGUCCCGGAGGCAGGAGGCCGAGCUGGACAGCGACCAGCCGCAGAGCCCUGCCAGGAGUCCCGCAGAGCCCCGAGGACGCCCGGGACACAGACGCGGGGCCGACGGCGGCGCCAGGGCGCGCGGUCCGGGAAAUGGACGAGGACUGACUCCCGUCACUUCCCGUAGCCGCUGCGUGCGCCGGGGCUGGAAACCCGGACGGCUCUUCGCGGGGGACAAACACCCUCCGGUUCGGAGCGUCUGCGGUCUGGUUUAGUGGCGGACCUCUGUUGUCCUCGCUGCCUCUACACAAGCUCUUUAAAAUGCCGAGUCAUUUGACUGCAGUAUUCAACAUUAGAAAACGCAAGUCAUCCGACUGCCUUUGAUCGUCGGUAAAACAAGUGAUGGCUUCUUGUGAGGUGUCAGAAAUAUUCCUGGCCGGUCCCGAUGGAUACGCGAGGAUUGCCUGGUCCAAUGGCGAGUGCUUCAGUUUCAAUCUAGGUAAUCUUUAAGUGAAACUUGCUUAAAAUCUUAAAUCAUACACAGAAGAGAGACACCAGUCAACAAAAUCAACGAGGUGGAAAAGAAUGUUGUCCUUAAAUAACCUACAGAAUAUCAUCUAUAACCCGGUAAUCCCCUAUGUUGGCACCAUUCCUGAGCAGUUGGAGCCUGGAACUUUGAUUGUAAUACGUGGGCAUGUUCCUAGUGACAUGGACAGGUUCCAGGUGGAUCUGCAGUGCGGCAGCAGUGUGAAACCCCGAGCUGAUGUGGCCUUUCAUUUCAAUCCUCGUUUCAAAAGGUCCAACUGCAUUGUUUGCAAUACCCUGAAAAAUGAGAAAUGGGGAUGGGAAGAGAUCACCUAUGACAUGCCUUUCAGAAAGGAAAAAUCUUUUGAAAUUGUGAUUAUGGUCUUGAAGGACAAAUUCCAGGUGGCUGUAAAUGGAAAACACAUUCUGCUGUAUGCCCACAGGAUCAGCCUGGAGAAAAUAGACACUCUGGGCAUUUAUGGCAAAGUGAACAUUCACUCAGUUGGUUUCAGCUUCAGCUCGGAUUUACAGAGUACCCAACCAUCUGCUGUGGAACUGACGGCGAUGAGUAAAGAAAAUCCUAGUACUAGAGAAGGAGACUUAUUUAAAAUCAUGCCCAGAACUGUCUGCACCAAGAACAAAGAUGCAGCUGUCAGCCACAGUUUGACUUGCACCAAAAUCCUACCUACCAACUGUUUGACAAAGACCCUGCCAUUCAUCGCAAGGUUAAACUCUCCUAUGGGCCCUGGACGAACUGUUGUCAUUAAAGGAGAAGUGAACACAACUGCCAAGGGGUUUAAUGUGGAUCUACUAGUGGGAAAAUCAAAGGAUAUUGCUCUACACUUGAACCCACGCCUGAAUAGCAAAGCAUUUGUAAGAAAUUCUUUUCUUCAGGAGUCCUGGGGAGAAGAAGAGAGAAAUAUUACCUGUUUCCCAUUUAGUCCCGGGAUGUACUUUGAGAUGAUAAUUUAUUGUGAUGUUAGGGAAUUCAAGGUUGCGAUAAAUGGCGUACACAGCCUGGAAUACAAGCACAGGUUUAAAGAGCUCAGCAGUAUCGACAUGCUGGAAAUUAACGGGGAUAUCCGCUUACUGGAAGUAAGGAGCUGGUAGCCCACGUGACUGCUACAAAACCUGAAAUACACAAUGGCUUCUGUG